AUGAAAGACUUUCAGAUCCUAGUAUUUACCGGCGACAAUGUGGAAUUAUUCAGUCGUGUAGCCGGUGCUCUAACUUCCAUGAUUUUACCCGAUACAUAUACCGUUUUUCAUUUGUCCUAUGAAGCGCUCUGUACACAGCCAUGGAUUGGCCGAGAUGUUGCAUGCUUGAUAAUUGCUGAUACAGCUCAUCUGGAUGAUAAAUGCUGGAAUCGACUGCAGCACUAUUUCAAUAAUGUAGUUUCUUUGAAAUUCUAUGAAAUUAAAACUGCGAAAUGA